AUGGCUCUUGGAAGAUUUAAACACUUAGAUGAUUCGGCUUCAUCUUCAAGAUCAGUAAGUAGGUCCAGAACACCUUUACCUGAAUCAGAAGAAAAUGGUCAAUUGGAUUAUAAUUUUGCUAACUUAGAAGAGCUUUUAGCAACCAGGCUUGAAGCCUAUGAAAACAUGAUUGAUAAUCAAGAUAAAAAACAAACUGUUGUCAAUGAAUUGAACAAACAGAGAAUUACCAGUACUUCAACCAUUUCAGAAAUAAUCAAAUCUUUAGGAUUGAGUAGAAGUGAAGUCAGUUCUAAUAGUAGAGAAUUAUUACUUGCUCAAUUAUAUAAAUUGAUAAUAACUAAACCUUUAGUGGUAUAUAACGAAGAAUCAGGAGAUUACAUCGAUGAAGGACAUGUUUCAGAUUUGAUAUUCAUUUUAAUGAAGAACGAAUCUGCUUCAGCCUAUGAGUUCUCGUUAUUAUUCAGAUGUGUGGUAAGUUUAAUAGUCAGUGAUAUAGAAGAAUUUGGUUCUUUGAUAGAUGGUGAAUUCUUAAGUUUCUUAAAAGAUCUUUUGAUCAAACCAUCCAAUAAUAUCGUCACCAAUGAAAACAAAUCUUAUGUUAUCACCGGAUAUGUGUCGAUGUUAUUAAUCUUACAUAAUGGGAAUGGAGGAUUUGGAAUAGAUGACAUUGUUAAUUGGUUAUUUGAAUUAUCUGAAGGAUUCUGUCUUUCUUCAUUGUCCAGUAUUAAAGGAUUUAAAGCUGGUGAUAGAGAAUAUUCAACUUUCUUUGAUGAUUUAAGUGAACAAAGAAUUGUCAAUGAUAUUACCCUGAAACAAAAUACCGAUACUUUAGUAGGAGUUAGUGGAUUGCAUGGUGUAGGAUGUUUAUUAACAUUGUUACCCAGAAAUGAUUAUUUGAAUGACCUUAUUCAAGAUUUAAUGCCUAAAUUGAUUGAAUUGUUAGAUGAAGAUAAUGUUGAAAUAAGUAAAGCUUGUGGUAGAUUAAUAGGGAUCUGUUAUGAAAGUUAUACUUACAAUAAUGACGAAGAUGAAGAUGAAGAUGAAGAAUUCAAUUAUAAUGCUCCAUAUUAUGAACAAGAACAAUUAAUCAAUACUUUAAAUACCUUAGCAAAUUUGAGUUCUAAGAAAUUGAAAAAGAAUGAGAAGAAAGACACCCAUUCGAUUUUCCGUGAUGUUUUGAAUACCGUUAAGAACUUCUCCAAGUUGGAAACCAGAUUAGAAAUCUACAAGAAAUCUCCUAGAGGUAUGGAAUUAUUAAAUACUAUGUUGGAUUCCAAUUAUUUGAAAUUGAGUAGAACUCGAUCCAUUCAAAUCAAUUCAUGGUUCUUAUACUUAAGAUUAAUCCAUUUGAAAUGGUGUUUUGGGUUUGGUGUUCAUAAUCAAUUGGUUGCUAAUGAAAGUAUAAGAGAAAUCUUAAAAGAACCACCUACUGAUUAUCAAGUUAAGUAUGGUGAUGAAGAUGAAGUUAUAAUCGAUAAGGAAUAUUCAACUGAAAAACAUGAAUUUGAUGAUAAAAAGAGAACCACGAUGGUAAGAAAGGCUAGAGUUGAGAAAUUAACCAAUAAUAUGGAAGAAUUAGACUUAUAG